GCCUAAGCGCUGGGUUAGAUGCAAGCUACACACACAAGCGCCGUACUAGGCGGUUGGGAGAGACCAGUGUAACGAUCGACAGAUGCGUCCCCUGCCCACAGCGAGCUUAGAGUGGCUUCUGCGUUCCAGGUGAGCUGGCUACAGCCGUCCCGGGCAGGGCCGGAGCCCCUCCCGCCCCAUGGCACUGCCUCAAGAAGCAGACGGCCCUUGGGGCCCGGAGCGUCCGAGCAGCCCCCGCUCGGCCGUCCCGGACUUCGUGUACGGCCCGCGGGACCUGAUCGUGGAAGGGGUGCGGUGGCAGGGGAGCGGAACCGGCGAGCCGGAGCCCCCUCCCCUGUCCCGCUUUGAUGAAGCCCUGGGGUCGGCCUGGAGGCGGCGGAUGGAGGACGGCCUGUUCCGUUACCGGCUGGGGGAGCUGCCGACGCGGGUCCUGCCGGGGCCCCUGGGCUUGGUGGCCCAGCUGAACGUGGAGCGGGGGGCGCAGAGGCGGCGGCCCCAGGACGUCCGCAGCGUCAGGCAGGCCUUCGACCCCGGCCAGUUCAACUUCAACCAGAUCCGGCCGGGCGAGGUCCUCUUCCGUCUGAGCCGGGAGCCCGGCCGGGAGCCUCGCGGGAGGGCCCGGGUCCUGGUCGUCGUCAACGUCAGCCCCCUGGAGCGGGGCCACGUCCUGUUCGUGCCGGAGCCCACCCUGGGUCUUCCCCAGCUCCUCCUGGAAGACCCCCUGCUCCUCGCGGCGGAGGCCGUGCUCCUCAGCGCCCACCCGGGCUUCCGCGUCGGCUUCAACAGCCUGGGGGGCUUCGCCUCCGUCAACCACCUGCACCUGCACGGCUACUACCUGGCCAGGCCGCUGCCAGUGGAGACGGCUCCCAGCGAGCCCCUGGACCCGCAGGGCCGGAUGCACCUGCUGCGGGGGGGCCCCGCUCCCGGGUUCCUCUUCUUCGCGGAGGGGCCGGAGCUGGGCCGGGCCGUCCGCAGGGUCUGCCGGAUGGCCGCCCACCUGGCCGACAGCGAGAUCGCCCACAACCUCUUCGUCACCCGGGGGGCCCCUCCGGGGAACCCGCCGCCCCCAGGGACCCCCACUGGCGUCCGUUUCGUCCUGUGGGCCCGGCGGGCCGGCUUCGGGGUCAAGGAGGGGGCGGCCUUCAACGUCGCCCUGUGCGAGCUGGCAGGCCACCUGCCCGUGAAGACGGCCUGGGACUUCCAGAGCCUGACGGAGGCCUCGGCCGUGAGCCUCAUCCGGAGCUGCCUCCUGCCCCCGGACCAGUUUGCCCGGCUGCAGCUGGCCUUGGUGUCGCUCUUGGACUAGAGGGCUGGUGUGGGGGGGGGGUCCUCACUCCACCGCGGCCCACCCCCGACACCGAGAGUCAUCCGCCGCGAGGCGCUACCGGGCCCAUCUUCCGGCCGUCCCACCACCUCCGCUCGGAGCGGGGCCGGGAAGUGGAGGACGGGGCCCGGGGAUGCGUCUGUGCGGUAGUGGGAUGCCAAAGGCUGGGCCGGGAGGGGUGGCGCUUGGCAUAAAGCCGGGGGGCCGGGGGCACUGUCCUAAACGGGUGGGAAUUCCCGAGAGCCGGGAGAGGGAACCAGAGGAGAGGCUGGGUCUGCUCGCUGCAUGGGCGGGAACCACCCUCCCUCUCUAGAUCGGAAGCCGGCGUGGGCGGGGAACUUGUCUACCGACUCUGUCUCAUCCUCGCCCAGGUGCCCAGUACCGUGCUCCGCCCGCAGUAAGCACUCCGUAAACACCACUGAUGAUAUAGUGAGUGGGGGGCAUCGGGCCAGCCCCCUUCUCUCUCUGGGGCACCUGGGAGGCUACAGUAAAAGUCAAAGACACGGGCCCUGGUGCCUGCAGAGUUGACCAUGUCAUCAUAUACAUAUAGUGGGAGCGGGGUAGGGAAAACAGAAACAACGGGGAAGACCUGAAGUGUGGAAAAUCAAGAGCUAAAUAAAUAAGCAGAUAAAUACA